GCCACGAGGCUGUCCUCAGCCCCUUCCUCCUCCUGCAGGAUCCGUCCCCAGCUGUCCAAAGAGAAAAUCGAGGGAUGUCACAUCUGCACCUCCGUGACGCCCGGCGAGCCCCAGGUGUUGCUGGGGAAGGACAAAGCCUUCACCUACGACUUCGUCUUCGACCUGGACACGUGGCAGGAGCAGAUCUACACGACGUGCGUGGGCAAGCUCAUCGAAGGCUGCUUCGAGGGCUACAAUGCCACCGUGCUGGCGUACGGCCAGACGGGCGCCGGGAAGACGUACACCAUGGGGACGGGCUUCGACAUGAACAUCUCCGAGGACGAGCAGGGCAUCAUCCCGCGGGCCAUCGGCCACCUCUUCAGCGGCAUCGAGGAGCGCAAGCGGGCGGCACAGAGCCAAGGCGUGGCGGCACCCGAGUUCAAAGUCAGCGCCCAGUUCCUGGAGCUCUACAACGAGGAGAUCCUGGACCUGUUUGACAGCGCCCGCGACCCGGAUGCCCGGCACCGCAAAUCCAACAUCAAAAUCCACGAGGACGCCAGCGGGAGCAUCUACACCACCGGCGUCACGUCGCGGCUCAUCAGCUCGCAGGACGAGCUGAUCCAGUGCCUGAAGCAGGGGGCUCUUUCCCGCACCACUGCCAGCACCCAGAUGAACGUGCAGAGCUCCCGCUCCCAUGCCAUCUUCACCAUCCACCUGUGCCAGAUGAGGGUCUGCGCCCGCCCGGAGCUGGUGAACGGGGAGGUGAGCGGCCUCCUGGACGGAGCCCAGCCCACCACCGAGUACGAGACCCUCACGGCCAAGUUCCAUUUCGUCGACCUGGCGGGCUCGGAGAGGCUGAAACGAACGGGUGCUACCGGCGAGAGGGCGAAGGAAGGCAUCUCCAUCAACUGCGGGCUGCUGGCCCUGGGGAACGUCAUCAGCGCCCUGGGAGACCAGAGCAAGAAAGUGGUGCACGUGCCCUACCGGGACUCCAAGCUCACCCGCCUGCUGCAGGAUUCCCUCGGGGGCAACAGCCAAACCAUCAUGAUCGCCUGCGUCAGCCCCUCCGACCGCGACUUCAUGGAGACCCUGAACACCCUCAAGUACGCCAACCGGGCCCGCAACAUCAAGAACAAGGUGGUGGUGAACCAGGACAAGACCAGCCAGCAGAUCAGCGCCCUGCGGGCCGAGAUCGCCCGCCUGCAGAUGGAGCUGAUGGAGUACAAGGCGGGCAAGCGGGUCAUCGGGGAGGACGGCUCGGAGGGCUACAGCGACCUUUUCCGCGAGAACGCCAUGCUGCAGAAGGAGAACAGCGCCCUGCGCAUGCGGGUGAAGGCCAUGCAGGAGGCCAUCGAUGCCAUCAACAGCAGGGUCACCCACCUCAUGAGCCAGGAGGCCAACCUCAUGCUGGCCAAGGCAGGGGACGGUAACGAAGCUAUCGGCGCCCUCAUCCAGAAUUACAUCCGGGAGAUCGAAGAGCUGAGGACCAAACUCCUGGAGAGCGAAUCCAUGAACGAGUCCCUGCGGCGCAGCCUCUCGCGCGUCUCUGCCCGGCCCCCCUACUCCGUGGGCUCAUCCCCGGUGCCCGCCUUGGCUGCCCCCGCGGAGACGGAGGCGUCCGACGUCCUGCGCCGGGCCAAGCAGGACCUGGAGCGCCUGAAAAAGAAGGAGAGGAGGCAGCGGAGGAAAAGCCCCGAGAAGGAGGCGUUCAAGAAACGGCCGAAGCUGCAGGAUAACGGGGAGGAGACAGACGAGAAUGAAGGGGAAGAGGAGGAGGAGGAGGAACAGGACGAGAGCGGCUGCGAGGAAGAGGAUGGGCGCGAGGAUGAAGACGAGGACUCGGGCAGUGAAGAGAGCCUGGUGGACUCCGAUUCGGACGCAGAGGAGAAGGCCGUGAAUUUCCAGGCCGACCUGGCGGAUCUGACUUGCGAGAUCGAGAUCAAGCAGAAGCUGAUCGAUGAGCUGGAGAACAGCCAGCGGCGCCUGCAGACCCUCAAGCACCAGUACGAGGAGAAGCUGAUCCUGCUGCAGAACAAGAUUCGGGACACGCAGCUGGAGCGGGACCGGGUCCUGCAGAACCUCAGCACCAUGGAGUGCUACACGGAGGAGAAAGCCAACAAGAUCAAGGCCGACUACGAGAAGCGGCUGAAGGAGAUGAACCGGGACCUGCAGAAGCUGCAGGCGGCCCAGAAGGAGCACGCUCGCCUGCUCAAGAACCAGUCCCGCUACGAGCGCGAGCUGAGGAAGCUGCAGGCAGAGGUGGCCGAGAUGAAGAAGGCGAAGGUUGCGCUGAUGAAGCAGAUGCGGGAGGAGCAGCAGCGGAGGCGGCUGGCGGAGACCAAGAGGAACCGGGAGAUCGCGCAGCUCAAGAAGGAGCAGCGGCGCCAGGAGUUCCAGAUCCGGGCUCUGGAGUCUCAGAAGCGGCAGCAGGAAAUCGUGCUGCGGAGGAAAACCCAGGAGGUCUCGGCGCUGCGCCGCCUCGCCAAGCCCAUGUCGGACCGGGUGGCGGGCAGGACGAGCCAGAAGCCGCCCAUGCUGGACUCGGGCGCAGAGGUCUCGGCCAGCACCACCUCCUCCGAGCCCGAGUCCGGCGCUCGCUCCGUCUCCAGCAUCGUGCGCCAGUGGAAUCGGAAAAUCAACAACUUCCUGGGAGACCCCUCGCCCUCCGCCAACGGGGCUCGGCCGCCCAGGAAGAAGUUCCCCAAGAAGGGGACGAGCCAGACCUUCAGCAAGGCCGCCCGCCUCAAGUGGCAGUCCCUGGAGCGGCGCAUCUUCGACAUCGUGAUGCAGAGGAUGACCAUCGUCAACCUGGAGGCCGACAUGGAGCGGCUCAUCAAGAAACGCGAGGAGCUGGCGCUGCUGCAGGAGGCGCUGCUGGGCAAGAGGGCGAAGCUGCAGGCGGAGAGCCCCAAGGAGCAGAAGGGGCUGCAGGAGCUGAACGAGGAGAUCGAGGUGCUGGGGGCCAACAUCGACUACAUCAACGACAGCAUUUCCGACUGCCAGGCUACCAUCAUGCAGAUCGAGGAGACCAAGGAGGAGCUGGACUCCACGGACACCUCGGUGGUGAUCAGCUCCUGCUCCCUGGCCGAAGCCCGGCUCCUGCUGGACAACUUCCUGAAGGCAUCCAUCGACAAGGGGCUGCAGGUGGCGCAGAAGGAGGCCCAGAUCCGGCUGCUGGAGGGGCGCCUGAGGCAGACGGACGUGACCGGCUCCUCGCAGAACCACCUCAUCCUGGACGCCCUGCGGGAGAAGGCCGAGUCGCACCCCGAGCUGCAGGCUCUGAUCCACAACGUCCAGCAAGAGAACGGCUACACCAGCACGGACGAGGAGGUCUCCGAAUUCAGCCUGGCCUCGGAUGGGAGCUUCUCCCAGUCUUUCACCAUGAAGGGCUCAGCAAGCCAGGAUGACUUCAAGUUCAAGGGAGAGCCCAAGCUCUCCGGGCAGAUGAAGGCGGUGUCAGCUGAGUGCCUGGGACCCACGCUGGACAUCUCCACCAAGAACAUCACCAAGUCCUUGGCGUCCCUCAUGGAGAUCAAGGAGGACGGGAUCAGCUUCUCCAUCCGAGACCCAUAUUACAAGGAGAAGGUGUCGCGCACCGUCAGCCUGCCCACGCGAGGAAGCACGUUCCCCAGACAAUCUCGCGUCUCGGACACGUCGCCGCUCACACGGAGGAAAUCCUACGACCGUGGGCAACCCGCCAGGCCUCCAGACGUCGGCUUCACGCCCCCCUCGUCCCCCCCUACCCGCCCGCGCAACGACCGCAACGUCUUCUCUCGGCUCACGAGCAACCAGAGCCAGGGGUCGGCCUUGGACAAGUCUGAUGACAGCGAUUCCUCUGUCUCGGAGGUGCUGAGGGGCGUCAUCAACCCGGUGGGAGGCACCAAGAACGCCCGGACGGCCCCGCUGCAGUGCGUCUCCGUGGCAGAAGGACACACCAAGCCCGUGCUCUGCCUGGAUGCCACCGAUGAGCUGCUUUUCACGGGCUCCAAAGACCGGAGCUGCAAGAUGUGGAACCUGGUGACGGGGCAGGAAAUCGCCUCCCUCAAGGGACACCCGAACAACGUGGUGUCCAUCAAGUACUGCAGCCACACGGGGCUGGUGUUCACCGUGUCCACCUCGUACAUCAAGGUGUGGGAUAUCCGGGACUCGGCCCGCUGCAUCCGCACCCUCACAUCUUCUGGCCAGGUGAUCUCUGGGGACGCGUGCGCCGGGACCACCACCCGCACGGUCACCAGCGUGCAGGGGGAACACCAGAUCAACCAGAUCGCGCUCAACCCCACCGGCACCACGCUCUACGCCGCCACCGGUAACUCCGUCCGCAUCUGGGAGCUGAGCAGGCUGCAGCCCGUCGGGAAGCUGAGCGGCCACAUCGGGCCCGUGAUGUGUCUGACGGUAAACCAGACGGCGAGCAACCACGACCUGGUGGUGACGGGCUCCAAGGAUCACUACGUCAAGGUGUUUGAGAUUGCCGAGGGCAUGGUGGGCAAUAUCGGCCCCACUCACAACUUCGAGCCCCCUCACUACGACGGCAUCGAGUGCCUGGCCAUCCAGGGGGACGUCCUCUUCAGUGGCUCCAGGGACAACGGCAUAAAGAAAUGGGACCUGGAGCAGCAGGAACUUAUCCAGCAAAUCCCCAACGCGCACAAAGACUGGGUCUGUGCCCUGGCCUUCAUCCCCGGCCGCCCCAUGGUGCUGAGCGCCUGCCGAGGAGGCAUGAUCAAGGUCUGGAACGUGGAUAACUUCACCCCGGUCGGGGAGAUCAAGGGGCACGACAGCCCCAUCAAUGCCAUCUGCACCAACUCCAAGCACAUCUUCACCGCCUCCAGCGACCUGACAGUGAAGCUCUGGAGCGGGAGGAGGCUGCCCGCUGGGUCCAACUAGGGACUGCAAAGGACUGGAAGGUGGGCCAGGAGGGCGACGGCCGGGUACCUCGCCCUUGCUAUCGAGACCCCGUCAUCGACAGAAGCUCAACCCAGGGAUGGGAUUUGUUGUGCCUGGCCCGACGGGGUGGAUGAGGCCCCACCUGGUACUUUGAGCACUGAUUUUUUUUCCCGUGAAGAGGCAGCUCUGUGGAGCACCGGCAGCUCCACCUCCCCUCCUGCUGCGGUUUCUCGAUGGUUUUCCAGUGACCAGGAAACAUCGUCUCCCUUCUCGCCCACCCUGCUGUAAUGCCUGCCAGGACUCCGAGGGGUUGGAGUCCAGGCCGAGCUCCUUGGCUCCUUCCCAGAGGAAUUUGGAAGCACUAAAUUCCCUCCUGCCCCUGUGGCUUCCCGCAGCCUCCGCCUGGAUGUGCUCCUUCGGUCCCUCUUGGCUCCAGGGCUGGUUCCUGCAGGAGUCUUUCUCCAUUCCCCAGUCUCGAGGCCGUUUGGGGUCUGCUGGCCAGGACCAGAGCACGGAGGGGCUGCUUCUUCGGAGACGGUACUUGUGGGACAGCCUCCGUGCUGCGAUGGGGUCUGCAGGAGGAUUUCCAGGCAGCUCCAUCAUCCCCCAGCCCCAGCCUGUCCCUCCUGGCUCACCCUGAGCAUCUCAGCUGUGCCACAGCCGCGAGCGCACGGUGAGCCCGGGCAGGUCUCCAUCCAUCGCACGAUUUCCAGCCCGACCUGCUGGGUUUCCUCGUGGUGAUCUCUGAAAAUCUGAGCCAAAAUCAGCAGACCCCCCCCCCCGCUCCGCUCUGCAGCGGGG